AAGCAUCCCUCACCCCAUGCGUGACCCCAACCCCCAGCAGAGCGACCCGGGCCAGGGACACCCCCCAACCACUCACGGCUUCCCGGGAGGUGCCCGCCGUGCCCGCGCCGCCGCCCCGCUCCCGCCCGGCGCGCUGACGUCCGCACCCGUCACGGGAUGGGGGGGGCGGCCCCGCGGCGGGGAUCGGCGGGGGCUACGCGGGACCGGGACUGCCGCGGGAGGGGGGGGGGAACCGAUACGUGCCCAGGCGCACGCGGCAUCUGCUCCCCCGCACCCCCCGGUGCCGGUGUACCCCGUAGGGGGGGGCUGCCGUGGGGCGGGACCUGCCCCGGUAGGUGGGAAGGGGAGGGCUCCCCCUGCCCCGGUCCCCGCCGCUGUCUCCUCCCGCCGCCGCGCAUCACCUGAAACCGCCGCGGUGUCGGGUUCGCGCUGACGGCGCCGGGCCCGGGCGGGGGUUCAGGGGCAGCCCAGGGUGGGGGCGAUGCCCCCCGGGGAGGGGAACACAGGGCGACACCGGCUCGCGUCGCCGGGGUGAGCAGGAGGGGCGACCCGUCGUGUAUGAUUGUCCCUCCCCGGCCGUGCCUCAGUUUCUCCCGUGCGCCCCCGGGAUGCUCUGCCCUAAGAGGGGUCUCGAGGGAGCACCGCGUCCCGCGCCCCACAGCAGCAUAGCGGGGGGACGCACCCCCGAUCCCCCACCUUGUCCCCGCUGGGGGGGACACGCACGGGGCUCCCCCGCCCCGCUGCGAGGCAAGCCCCGGCCGCUUUUGAUUGACAGCUCCCGCGCCCGAUGGCCGCACCGGUCCCGCAGGGACAGCCAAUCCCCGCGGGCGGGGGGCGGGAAGUGGCGCUGUCGUCCCCCCCCGGCCUCUCCGUCCCCCCCGCUGGCAGGUGUCUCUUUCGCUGGUGGCACCAUGGGGACAGGCUGUGCCGCUGCUCCCGGGACCGGUCCUGCCAGCGCCGAGCACCCACGCCAGCUGUCCCUGCCAUCGCGCUGCUAGGAGAGAGCAGUCCCGAGCCCGGGCAUGUGCUGCUGGACUAUGCCAUGUCCCCCCCCGGCCGGCGGGCAGCCCCAGCCCCGUGAGGACACAGCCAGCCCCGAGCCGGACACCGGGACACCGGGGUGCCCAGCGCCGCCAUGGCCCAGGGCUGGGAUGCGGAGCUAUCGGGGAUGACGGCGGGCAGCCGGUCAUGGAGCUCCAGCAGCGAGGCCAGCCUAGCGCCCCGCUGCCUCCUCAGCAAGCAGAGCCGCCUGCUCAACGGGGCCACCCGGAGCAGCCGUGCCUCCUCCCCCAUGGGCCGAGUCAUCCUCAUCAACACCCCCAUCGAAGCCAGCAGCAAUGAGAGCGACAUCAUCAACGCUAUCACGGUGGAGAAGAGUGUGGAUGGCAAGCUGGGCUUCAGCGUCCGUGGUGGCUCCGAGCAUGGGCUGGGCAUCUUUGUCAGCAAAGUGGAGGAGGGCAGCGCUGCUGAGCAGGCUGGGCUGUGCGUUGGUGACAAGAUCACGGAGGUGAACAGUGUGAGCCUAGAGAACAUCACCAUGAGCAGUGCCGUCAAGGUCCUCACCGGCAACAACCGUCUCCGUAUGGUGGUCCGGCGGAUGGGCCGCGUGCCGGGCAUCAAGUUCUCCAAGGAGAAGACGGCAUGGGUGGACGUGGUGAACAGGCGCCUGGUGGUGGAGAAAAGUGGUUCAACGCCAUCAGAGAGCGGCUCCGAGGAUGGGCUGCGGCGCAUCGUCCACCUCUACACCACCUCUGACGACUACUGCCUGGGCUUCAACAUCCGUGGCGGCAGGGAGUUCGGCCUCGGCAUCUACGUCUCCAAGGUGGACCCCGGGGGGCUGGCAGAGCAGAACGGCAUUCGGGUGGGAGACCAAGUCCUUGCAGCCAACGGAGUCAAGUUUGAAGACAUAAGCCAUAGCAAGGCAGUGGAGGUGCUCAAGGGGCAGACCCACAUCAUGCUAACCAUCAAGGAGACAGGCCGGUUCCCUGCCUACAAGGAGCUGGUGGCCGAGUACUGCUGGCUCAGUCGCUUGACCAACGGGCAGCUACAGCAGCUCUCUCAGACUUCGGAAACCAGCUCCUCCAUCUCCUCCUACUCCUCGGGACCGGUGCCAGGGGUGGUGAACGGGCUGGGGACGGCCGCCCCAGGGCCUCCUGCCCGCACUGUGGACGUGGCCAUCUCCACGGAGGACGGCCCGCGGCGCAGCUGGGUGCGGGGGCGUGCCGAGCGGGCCAUGCAGACCGAGCCGGCCGCCGAGGCACUGCCAGAGAUGCGGCGCACAGUGCGGCCCCCCGAGCUGCUGCGGGACACGGCCAUCCGGGGCCAGGGUGCCCGUGAGCCCCCCGGCACCCAUCCACGACGGACCUUUGCCCACUCGCCCAAGACAGCCCUGCUGCUGGCGCUGAGCCGGCCCCGGCAGCCCAUCACACGCUCACAGAGUGAUCUCACCGUCGCUGAGGAGAAGCGGAAAAAGGAGAAGCCGGAGGGACAAGGGGCACAGGCCCCAGGGCUGCACCGCUCCAAAACCCUUGUCAACCUCUUCUUCAAGGGGGGCCGUGCCACCAGCCAGAGCUGGGCCCCCCCCAGCCAGGAGCCCCCCGCCUCCGAACGCAGGGCACGCAUCAAGUCCCUGGGGCGCUCUGACGGAGACAGAGUAGGCGCUGUGCAAAAGUUUGUCAUCCGGAGCCUGAAGCGGGAGAAAAGCCGGCGUGCCACCAUCCUGGGCCCCACGGGCAUCGCCGCCCUGCAGCCCAAUGGCAGCGACCCUGAGGCACGACUCACACACAUCCAGGACACUGCCACACGCCUCCUGAGCCCCGACGAGGUGACAGCCGUGCUCCGCCACUGCUCCCGGUACUUGCAUGAGGGCAGCGUGGAGGAUUUGGUGCGGCCACUGCUGGCCAUCCUGGACCGGCCUGAGAAGGUCCUGCUGCUGCGGGAUGUGAGGAGUGUGGUGGCUCCCACAGAUCUGGGCCGGUUUGACAGCAUGGUGAUGCCCCUGGAGCUGGAAGCCUUCGAUGCCUUGAAGAGCCGCUCAGUGCGCUCGCCUGCCCUGCGCCCGGCCCAUCAUGAUGUCCCCCCCAAAAGACACCUCAUUACACCAGUGCCUGACUAUCGGGGCGGGUUCCUGCUGAAGCCAGUGGGGGCCCCAGAUCUGGAGGAAGCUGGGGGGCUACAGGCGAGCCUGGGCCGGCCACGGGCCUCUGCCAGCCCCCGCCGGCUUCACCCGCGCACCUACACCCCGCUCCCCGACGUGCCAGUGGAUGCCUACGCCUGCACCAGCCGUCCCCCAGCCCCUGCUGCCCCCCGGCCCCCCAACUGGCUGCUGGCCGAGGCCCCCCCGGGCGAGGGACACGGGCACUCACGCAGUCCCCGGCACAAGGAGCCCCCCGGGAUAGUGCCCGAUGGGGGGCCCGAGGUGCUGGGGAAGCCCCGGAGGGCACGGCCCCCCCUCGCACCUCUCUUUGGGGGGCCAGGGGGUGAGGUGGGAGCUGGGGCAGCGACCAAUGGCCCUGGGGAUGCCGGCAGAGAGGAAGAGGAGGAAGAGGAGGAGUAUCAUCUGCUCACUGUCACCCUCUCCAAGCUGAAGCACUCGCUGGGGAUCAGCAUCUCUGGAGGCAUCGAGUCAAGGGCGCAGCCAGUAGUGAAGAUCGAGAAGAUCUUCCCUGGGGGAGCUGCCUUCCUCAGCGGCAUCCUUAAGGCUGGGCAGGAGCUGGUGUCAGUGGACGGAGAGAGCCUGCAGAACGUCACCCACCAGCGGGCUGUGGACAUCAUCCGCCAGGCCUACCGCAACAAAGCCAAGGAGCCCAUGGAGCUCGUGGUGCGGGUGCCCGGAGGUGCCCCGGAGUGAUACUGCACCCCCCAAUCCUUUAAGGAACCAUCCUGCACUCUAAAGGAGCUGGAUGGAUCAUUCCUGCACUGAGCUGUGGCCGGUCUCAGUGCAGCCAGAGGGUGCAAAAGCCAGACCUGCCCCAUGGGCAUGGGGGAGCUGCUUGCAGCAGGACCCAAGGUGGGGCACAACUGGCGACAUGGGAGGAGGACAGACAGCCCCUGACCCUGCUCUGGACACACAGACACAGCCCUGAAAAAAACACAGCCAGGGGCUUGUUUUUAAUCAGCGUUUCCGGGUGGUACACGGGUGAGCCGGGCUCUGGGAACAGCACACCACUGAAAUAAAGUACAAAAUCCCCCCCCUUGGAGCUAGGGGCGACCAAGCC